UUCACUGACUCUUGUUUCCAGAGACUCGAACAGGGGGAACACACACGUUGUAAAUCACACAACGCUUUUGAAUAAAUCACAAUUUCACUUCUGAUCUUCCACUCUUCGUUUUUAUUUUAUUUAUUUAUGUAUUAAUUAUUUUUUAUAGCAGGACGAUGGCAGAUAACAAGGAUGGAAGGCGUCUUCUGCGCUCGCUUGGCCGGGUCUGCUCGUGAGCGAGCACGCGCUUUCGACAGGAGGAGUGAGGAGUGAGGAGCAGCAGCCGCCGCCACCAGUGAGAGAAAGAGAGAGGGAGAAAGAAGGAAAGAACGAAAGAACUUAAUGAAGCAAGAAGUACUGCAUUUAUUCUAUCAUUUUGGAUGAUAAAGGCAACCUGACAGUGCUUGAGACCCACAGACUGUCGUGGGACAGUGCCGGAAAUAGUCACGGACUCAAACUUCUGAGUUAAGAAACAAAUCAAGGCACAGUGACAACAACACGCUCCCAGGACAAGCGGACUGCUGCAGCAGCGGACCAAAAGACAAACGUUAUCUACCUCCCAAUCCGCCGGCUGUUUAAAUCUGAACAUUUCAAGAUUUCCUUUUACUUAAAGUUUUUUUUUUUUUUUUUUUUUCCUUUCCUAGGGAAGCCAAGAAGAUGCAGUGAGCUUUUUUUGAAAGCGACGUGUUUUGGGGAGAGAGCGAGCAAGCACGGCUGUUUCCUAAGUUAAAGGGUUUUUUUUGGACAGAGACAGGAGGGGGAGGUCUGCUUCCUUUUUUUGUCCUUCUUUUCUAAACAUGAUGGCGGCAGAGGUUGGUAGUGAGGAACUAGGCUCGGUUUCGGGAGGGACUGAGGGUGGCGGAGGGCCCGAUACGGGGCAUUUUCAGAUGUUUUCCCAGUUGCGGGUGACAGAAGUGGGCCAGGGAGUGGUUCACCACCUCCACCAUCAGCACCAAAAACAAACCGCUACCACGUCUCUGUCUGAGGUGCGAUUGUACCCAUUCCCCGCCGCUGCAGCGGGGCUGCCAGGCACAGCCAUGGUUGGGAGUGGCGCCGGUGGUGGGGGGCAUGCUACGAUGUUUGGGACAAGCUCAGGAGUGGGGAGCGGUGAACCCUAUCCUUCUGCUUUAGAAGGACAGAGCAGCCGGACCUCCCCAACCUCAGCGGGUCCUGUGUUUGACGGGUCGAGUGCCUUUCCCCCUCUGCCGCCUCCUCCUCUACCCCCGCCCGCAGUAUGUGGGGGUCUUGGGACAGUGGACGAAAGCGAUAUGCCGGAUGGACCAGAGUACGAGGAAGAGGAGGUGGCAUUCCCGCUGACUGCGCCGCCUACGAACCAGUGGUAUCAUGGAAAACUUGACCGGACAAUUGCUGAAGAGCGUCUCAGACAGGCCAAGACCCCUGGCAGUUACCUCAUUAGGGAAAGCGAUCGGAGACCGGGGUCAUUUGUGCUGUCAUUUCUGAGCAAAACAAGUGUUGUUAACCAUUUCAGGAUCAUUGCAAUGUGUGGCGAUUAUUAUAUUGGUGGACGACGGUUUUCCUCGCUGUCAGACCUUAUUGGCUAUUACAGUUAUGUGUCCUGUUUACUUCAAGGGGAAAAACUGCUUUCUCCAGUGGCACCUCCAGAGCCUGUGGAAGAUAGAAGGAGAGUCCGAGCCAUCCUGCCAUACACCAAAGUGCCAGAAACAGAUGAAAUCAGUUUCCUUAAAGGGGACAUGUUUAUAGUUCACAAUGAACUAGAUGAUGGAUGGAUGUGGGUUACAAAUGUGAGGACAGAGGAGCAAGGUCUCAUUGUAGAGGACCUGGUGGAGGAAGUGGGACGAGAAGAGGAUCCACAUGAGGGCAAAGUCUGGUACCAUGGAAAAGUCAACAGACAAGAAGCUUGCAACCUGCUGAUGACAAUAGGACAAAUAUGCAGUUUUCUUAUCAGACCUUCAGAUAGCACGCCUGGGGACUACUCUUUAUUCUUUCGGACGAAUGAAGCUAUCCGGAGGUUUAAAAUAUGUCCCACUCCAAACAAUCAGUAUGUGAUGGGAGGGCGAUACUACAACAGUAUUGAUGACAUCAUUGACCACUAUAAAAAAGAGCAGAUUGUGGAGGGUUACAACCUGAAGGACCCUGUUUCAGUGCAGAAUCAGGAACAAGUGCUUUCUGAUAUUGUGGAUGGAAAAGAAAUCUACAACACAAUCAGACGUAAGACAAAAGAUGCUUUCUACAAAAACAUUGUUAAGAAAGGGUACCUCCUAAUACACAAAGGCAAAGGUAAAAGGUGGAAAAACCUGUACUUCAUCCUGGAGGGGAAUGAUGCCCAGCUAAUCUACUUUGAAAGUGAAAAGCGAGCCACCAAACCCAAAGGUUUGAUUGACCUGAGUGUCUGUACUGUGUAUGGGGUCCAUGACAGUCUGUUUGGCAGGCCAAACUGUUUUCAGAUUGUAGUUCAGCACUUUAACGAGGAGCAUUACAUCUUCUACUUUGCAGGAGAGACUCCUGAACAGGCUCAGGACUGGAUGAAAUGUUUGCAAACAUUUUGCAGUAAUCUAAGAAAACCAACUCAGGCACCAUCCAAUAAGCGUCUUCGGCAGGUCAGCAGCUUAUGUUUAUAUGUUGAAGAGGCCCACAAACUUCCAGUGAAACAUUUCACAAAUCCCUACUGUAACAUUUAUCUGAACAGUGUGCAGGUAGCAAAAACACACCCCAGGGAGGGGCAGAACCCUGUAUGGACAGAAGAAUUCAUAUUCGAUGACCUCUCAAGUGAAAUAAACCGGUUUGAAAUAAGCUUGAGUAACAAGACCAAAAAGAGCAAAGAUCCAGAUAUAUUGUUCAUGCGAUGCCAGCUUAGUAGGUUACAGAAAGGCCAAAUGAUAGAUGAGUGGUUCCCUCUCAGCUCCCACAUUCCUCUGAAAGGAAUUGAACCUGGUUCAGUUCGGGUGAGAGCACGAUAUUCGAUGGAGAAAAUCAUGCCAGAGGAAGAAUAUAGUGAAUUCAAGGAGCUCAUAUUGCAGAAGGAGUUUCAUGUCGUCUAUGCUCUGGCCCAUGUUUGUGGACAGGACCGCAUGCUACUGGCUAGCAUUUUAUUGAGAAUAUUUCGCCAUGAAAGAAUGGAAGCACCACUACUAAGAACACUAAAUGACAGGGAAAUAAGCAUGGAAGAUGAAGCUACAACACUGUUUCGUGCUACGACCCUGGCAAGCACACUUAUGGAACAGUAUAUGAAAGCAACUGCCACCCCCUUUGUUCACCAUGCUCUCAAAGACACCAUCUUGAAAAUAAUGGAAAGCAAACAGUCUUGUGAGUUAAAUCCUUCCAAACUUGAGAGAAAUGACGACGUGAACAUUAACUUAGCGUUCCUGUUAAACAUCCUUUCAGAGCUGGUUGAAAAAAUAUUCAUGGCUGCAGAGAUACUUCCACCGACCUUGAGAUUCAUGUAUGGGUGUUUACAGAAAUCUGUCCAACAGAAGUGGCCGAAAAAUACAACAAUGAAAACCAGAGUUGUCAGUGGCUUUGUUUUUCUGCGACUGAUCUGCCCUGCAAUCCUUAAUCCAAGGAUGUUUAACAUAAUUGCAGCAGAUCCUCCUUCCUCCACAGCUGCAAGAACACUCACCCUGAUAGCAAAGUCUGUACAGAACUUGGCAAACUUGGUGGAGUUUGGAGCCAAGGAGCCUUACAUGGAAGGAGUGAAUCCAUUCAUUAAGAACAACAAGCAACGGAUGAUUAUGUUCUUGGAUGAAUUGGGGAAUGUCCCUGACCUUCCAGACACUACAGAGCACUUUAGAACUGACUUGUCACGGGAUCUUGCUGUCUUGCACGAGAUCUGUGUGUCACAUUCAGAUGAACUUCGGACUCAUAGCAAUGAGCGUGGAGCGCAACAGCAUGUCUUGAAGAAACUCUUGGCAAUCACAGAACUUCUUCAGCAGAAACAGAAUCAUUAUUCGAUGUCCAACAGUGUCAGGUAGUAGCCUUGACCCUGGAGUUCCACGUGGGGCCCAGCAUGCUCCACCGCCAUCACCUGGUGACCCACCCUGCUCUUAAAAUAGCACACCUUUGACACAUGCCCAGUGCAGUGUGAACUAUGCAAUUAAAAACAACAAAUUGACUCGUUGUUUUACACCAUUGACUUUGUAAGCUAGAGGUGCAGGAAGUUACUUGCACUUUUUUCCACUUUCCAAUAUAUGAACAGUCACAGAUCUCUGAGCCUUGGGUACAUCAUUCACCUUUUUCACAAACUCAGAAGACUUAAGUGUUUCCAACAUAAGUUGCCAAAGUGUAUCUUUGUCUGCUCAACAUGAGGAAUGAAAUGCCAGUCAACUGACUUGAAGAAGAAACAGUGACCUUGUUUAUAACUGAAGUAUGAGAUGUAAUGCUUUUUAUACUGUAAUUUGUGACUGACUUUUAUGGUUAUUUCCAUAUAUAUCUGUCUGAUUGUAUUUAGUAUUUUUAUUUGGACUUUGCAAUUUAGAUAGAACUGAUUAUUUGCUAAAAGUGGUUAUUUUAUAUCUAAAAAAUAAAUUCUCUUGCUGGAAUCAUGAGUAAAAAAGAUAGACAAGUCAAUAAUUGUGUCACUAAUUUUGUUUGGUUGAGUCUUCCAACAUCUUAAAGCCAGACAAGUCACAUAAUCCAAAAAAAAAAAAAAAAAAAAAAAGAUGUAAAAUGUUUACAACUGUAAAACAAUUUGAAUAGUAAAGAUGGUUCAUUGUAUCAGAAAUGCAUGCACUUAUUAAACCAUUUUGUAAAUUA